AUGGCAUCGGUUAUUACUUCAUUAACACCAAACCAGGUGAAUGAUGAGUUGAACAAAAUGCAGGCGUUCAUCAGAAAGGAAGCUGAAGAGAAGGCAAAGGAGGUGCAAUUGAAGGCCGACCAGGAGUACGAAAUUGAAAAGACUGGAAUAGUUCGUAAUGAGAUUAGCAAUAUUGAUUCUAAUUUUGAGGACAAAUUGAAGAAAGCUUCUCUGAAACAGCAAAUCACAAAAUCUACUAUUGCGAACAAAAUGAGAUUGAAAGUUUUGAGUGCUAGGGAGGAAUCUCUAGACGCUUUCUUCGAACAAGCCAAGAAGGAAUUGAAAAACUUGUCUAAUAAUGGUAAGAAAUACAAGCCAGUACUUCAUUCAUUGAUUCUAGAGGCCUCAUUGAAGUUGUUGGAGCCUGAAGUUAUUGUUAAAGUAACAGAGAAGGAUAAAAAACUGGUACAAUCGCUAGUUGAUGAUAUUGCCAAGGAAUACAAGGAAGUGGCUAAUAGGGACGUUGCCAUUGUGAUUUCGGAUGAAACUUUGGAUAAAGACUGUGCUGGAGGUGUUAUUGUUACCGAUAAAGCAGGUAAAAUUGACGUCGACAAUACCUUGGAGGAAAGAUUGAAAUUACUGAGCGAGGAGGCUUUGCCUGCCAUCAGACUAGAAAUGUUUGGACCUUCAAAGACAAGGAAGUUCUUCGAUUAA